CAUCCUGGUCCUCCCUCCUGAUUCUCGCCUUGCCCCCUUCCAGAUAGCUCCUGCCAUGGCCGGACAAGCUGAGAAGAAGCGCGCCGCGUCCAACGAGGCGCGCCUCCAACUCCUGAUGAUCGGCUCGGCCGUCUCCUGCGCUCUUCACCUGGUCUUGGCCCUGGUGCUGGGCUCCUACGACCGGUGGCUCUCCUCGCUGGCGCUGCUCAUCGCCGGGGGGACGGUGUUUUACCUGCGCCGCCUCGGGGCGGCCACCUACGGCCCGGUGCCCGGGCAUGUGGUGCAGAUGGCCCAGCGCGCGGGCAACCCGGUCCCCACCCGGGGCCCGCUGGUGUCGGUCGGCGCCGACCUGACCAUCGGCGUGGCCAACCUCAUCGGCGACUCGGCCAUCCUCUGCUGGGUGCCGCUGGUCCUGCGCCCGAUUCUCGGCCGCUGGAUGUGGUACUUCCUGUUGACGAUCCCCGGCCUCUGGGCAUACUCCACCUACGCCAACCUCUCGACCGGCCCGAUGGGAAGCAUGCUCAGCAUGCUUCUUGGGGGAAUCUUUGGCCGGGGUGCCGGCUCGGCUGAGCAGGACGCCCUGGGCGCCGGCGAUGAGGCCCCCGGCCCCAAGCAGAAGCAGAAGCGCAAGGUCAUCCGUGCUUGAGUGUGCGUGUGUGCGUGUGAGAGAGAGAGGGGCGUGUGGGCGGGCGGGCAUGUCCGCGGGCCUGUUUUUCCUCGAGCCUUCGACCUUUCAACACUGCUCAUGCCCUGCCGAGAUCCUUCUUGCUGUGUUUCCCCCUUGCGCCUCCUUUGCUCGGCUUCUCCCCGGCUCUCGGAAAUACACAUAGUCUGCCUCCCCUUGCUGUGGUCUUGCGCUCGCCGCGGUCCCUUGCCCCGCGAAGGAAAGACAGGGAGCCCGAGACGCAUGCCAAUGUAUCAUGUCAGGCCUUCUGCCCGGAUCCUCGCCCCCCUCUUCGGCCACCGGGAAAUCAUCCGUCUAACAUUGUGUGUAUGGCGCGC